CUAUAGCUCAGUCUCAUUCUGAACGAGAGCAGCCGUGGUUUCUCGUUGAGUUUAAGACAUCAUGGGUAAAGAGAAGGUUCACAUUAACAUUGUGGUCAUUGGACAUGUCGACUCUGGGAAGUCAACCACUACUGGUCACUUGAUCUACAAGCUAGGAGGUAUUGACAAGCGUGUUAUCGAGAGGUUUGAGAAAGAAGCAGCUGAGAUGAACAAGAGGUCAUUCAAGUAUGCCUGGGUGCUCGACAAGCUCAAGGCUGAGCGUGAGAGAGGGAUUACCAUUGAUAUUGCUCUGUGGAAGUUUGAAACCACCAAGUACUACUGCACAGUCAUUGAUGCACCUGGACAUCGUGAUUUUAUCAAGAACAUGAUCACAGGAACAUCCCAGGCUGACUGUGCUGUCCUUAUCAUUGAUUCCACAACUGGUGGUUUUGAAGCUGGUAUUUCCAAGGAUGGACAGACGCGUGAGCAUGCUCUGCUUGCUUUCACUCUUGGAGUCAAGCAGAUGAUCUGUUGCUGUAACAAGAUGGAUGCCACCACACCCAAGUAUUCUAAGGCUAGGUAUGAUGAAAUUGUGAAGGAAGUAUCUUCCUAUUUGAAGAAGGUUGGUUACAACCCAGACAAGAUUCCCUUUGUUCCCAUCUCUGGUUUUGAGGGUGACAACAUGAUUGAGAGGUCCACCAACCUUGACUGGUACAAGGGCCCAACACUCCUUGAGGCUCUUGACCAAAUCAAUGAGCCCAAGAGACCCACAGACAAGCCUCUGAGGCUUCCAUUGCAGGAUGUCUACAAGAUUGGUGGUAUUGGUACUGUGCCAGUUGGACGUGUUGAGACUGGUGUCUUGAAGCCUGGUAUGGUGGUGACUUUUGGUCCCACUGGACUGACAACUGAAGUUAAGUCUGUGGAGAUGCACCACGAGGCUCUCACAGAGGCUCUUCCAGGUGACAAUGUAGGAUUUAACGUGAAGAAUGUUGCAGUCAAGGAUCUCAAGCGUGGUUUCGUUGCCUCCAACUCUAAGGAUGACCCUGCCAAGGAAGCUGCCAACUUCACAUCCCAAGUCAUUAUCAUGAACCAUCCUGGCCAGAUUGGAAAUGGAUAUGCACCUGUGCUCGAUUGCCACACUUCUCACAUUGCUGUUAAGUUUGCUGAACUCGUCACCAAGAUUGACAGGCGAUCUGGUAAGGAGAUUGAGAAGGAGCCCAAGUUUUUGAAGAAUGGAGAUGCAGGUUAUGUUAAGAUGAUUCCUACCAAGCCCAUGGUGGUUGAGACUUUCUCUGAGUAUCCUCCCCUUGGUCGUUUUGCCGUGAGGGACAUGCGUCAAACUGUGGCUGUUGGAGUCAUCAAGAGUGUGGAGAAGAAGGAUCCCUCUGGAGCCAAAGUCACCAAGGCUGCCCAGAAGAAGAAGUGAUUGCAUCUUCUUAUUUCUGCUGCUACUUGAAAUCAUAAAUAUGGUUACAGAAGACAGUUGUUCUGUUACAUGUUCUGUUACAGUAGUUUAUCCUAUGAGAGUCCUAGGUGUUUGUUUUACCAGUUAUAUUUUCAAGUUUAUGCCGAUUUCAUGCAGCCAUAGCUUUCAAAACUGGGUUCUUGAUCGGCGAUGGUCAAUUUUCAUUCCAGUUUUUUAUUUUUGAGAGUACUGUUUUUGCUUUAAUGUUAGAGUCUGUUUUUCACAGGCAGCCAUAGGGUUUUAGUAUGUUCCUUUGCUGCUGAGGGAUGUUUUAAUUGAAUUUAAUUUAUAAGGAAGUUUUGUCAACUAUUUCUCUUU